AUGGAGGAGGAGAGAGCAGUCAAAGUGGAGGAGGAGACAGCAGUCAAAGUGGAGGCGGAGGAGGAGAGAGCAGUCAAAGUGGAGGUGGAGGAGGAGAGAGCAGUUAAAGUGGAGGAGGAGAGAGCAGUCACAGAGGAGAUGGAGGAGGAGAGAGCAGUCACAGAGGAGAUGGAGGAGGAGAGAGCAGUCACAGAGGAGAUGGAGGAGGAGAGAGCAGUUAAAGAGGAGGUGGAGGAGGAGAGAGCAGUCAAAGUGGAGGAGGAGAGAGCAGUCAAAGUGGAGGAGGAGAGAGCAGUCAAAGUGGAGGAGGAGAGAGCAGUCAAAGUGGAGGAGGAGAGAGCCGUCACAGAGGAGAUGGAGGAGGAGAGAGCAGUCAAAGUGGAGGAGGAGACAGCAGUCAAAGUGGAGGCGGAGGAGGAGAGAGCAGUCAAAGUGGAGGUGGAGGAGGAGAGAGCCGUCACAGAGGAGAUGGAGGAGGAGAGAGCAGCCAAAGUGGAGGUGGAGGAGGAGAGAGCAGUCAAUGAAGAAGAGGAGAACAGGGAAGUGUCUGUUCCAGACCAAGAGGAGGAAGUAGAUAGUAUCACUGACCCAGGAGAGAUCUCCAACCCAGGUUCAGACAGUGAGCCCAGUUCCACAGCAUCAGGAAACCAUAAACAACACAGACGGAGGAACUCAAGACAGAAACAUCACCACUGCAUGGACUGCUUCACUAGUUUCUAUGAUCCAGAGGAGUUGAGAAGGCACACGUGUAGGCCAAGACCCUGCACAGACUGCAGAGACUGUUUUAUUUGUCCAACUCACCCCAAAUCUCCCCAUCAGAUUCACAAAAGAAAGAAGCCUUACCCGUGUGGUCAAUGUGCGGAGAGAUUUCAGACCCCAAGCACUUUGAAGAGGCACCAGCUCAUUCACACAGGAAAGAAGUCGUACCACGGCUUUCAGUGUAGGAAGAGGUUCCAUCGUGUAGACACCGUAAAGGCUCACCAGAGAAUACACACAGGGGAGAAGCCUUUCCACUGCUCCUUGUGUGGGAAGACUUUUGGUUGGUCAAUACAUUUGAAGAGACACCAGAAAAUACAUACAGAGGAGAAGCAUUUCCACUGCUCCCAAUGUGGGAAGAGUUUUAAUCAGUUAUCAAAUUUAACGAAACACCAACAAACUCACACAAGAGAGAAACCUUUUCACUGCUCCCAGUGUGGGAAGAAUUUCAGUCUGUCAUCAUAUCUGAAGAGGCACCAAAUAACUCACACAGAAGAGAAACCAUUCAGCUGUGAUCAUUGUGGGAAGAGUUUUAAAUUGGAAGGAAGCCUUAAGAGUCAUCAGAGAAUACACUCAGGAGAGAAGCCCCACCACUGCUCCCAAUGUGGUAAGAGCUUCGGUCAGGCAGGAGACUUAAAGAGACAUCAGAGAAUACAUAGUGGAGAGAAGCCAUACCACUGCUCUCAAUGUGGAAAAAGCUUCAGUCGGUUAAAUGUCCUAAAGCAACAUCAGAGAGGACACACAGGGGAGAAUCCUUUCCACUGCUCCCAAUGUGGGAAGACCUUCAGCGAGAAAGGAAAUCUAAAGCAACACCAGAGAAUACACACGGGAGAGAAGCCGUACAGCUGUGAUCAGUGCGGGAAUUGUUUUAAAUGGAAAGAAAUGCUGAAAGAACAUCAAGAAGUAAUUCACAGUGCAGUGCCCAACACUGACCUUAUAAUGGAGCUGCCAAGACUGACUGUUUUUACCACCACAUCCUUCCACAACCUAACCUUCCUACCGGCCUUUCAACCUCCAACUCCUAAACCUUAA